UCUUACGGCGCCCGAGGGGCGCUUUUUGGUUUUUGCGACGUUUUUGCGGCCUUUCUCCCGCCGCCCCCCCUCGACGGCGGGCCUGGGCAGCCGCUGCCGUGCGAGGCCCGUGAGGAGGAGGAGGAGGAAGCGGCGGCGGCGAUGAAGCUGAGCACACAGGCCUACUGCAAGAUGGUGUUGCAUGGCGCCAAGUACCCGCACUGCGCCGUCAACGGGCUGCUGGUGGCCGAGAAGCAGCAGCAGCAGCAGCAGCCAGGUCAGCGGGGCCGGGAGCGGGAGGCGCCGCCGCCGCCCCCCCAAGCGCUGCUGGUGGACUGCAUCCCGCUCUUCCACGGCAGCCUGGCCCUGGCGCCCAUGUUGGAGGUGGCGCUCAGCCUGGUGAGGAGAGGGGGAGGGCGGGAGAGCCUCCCUGGCCCGGCGCAGGCUACCUGAAACGGCCAGGUGCCCUGCCUUG